AUGGAUGGUGAUUCAUGGAGCAAGUGCUGCUCUGGUAGUGCAUUGUUUGUCUUCAAUGGUGUCGACUUGGUGUGUGGAGUGGCGCUCAUCGUCUACAGUCUGUACAUUGGACUCAAUGGCUACGCUCCGGAAUGGCUCUACAUGCCGAUUGUAGUAGUAGGAAGUCUAUUACUUUUGUCAGUAUUAAUGAGCUGGUGUGGAGCAUCCAAUCAGAGCUGCUCUAUGUGUCUAUCAUGCUCGUCGUAUCUUUUGAUUCUGCUGUCUUUGGCGGAAUUGGCAUUGGGAGUGGUCAUUUUGACUCAAGGAUCAAGUAUUGAUCGAUUCUUACAACAACAUCAACAAGAACUUCAUCUCACCGAUGACCAGCUGCAUCGUCUUGAGAAUUACAAGUUUAUUCCGGCUUAUGGAUUAUUAGCUCUAUUUAUGAUGGAAGUAUUGAGAUUUUGUUGCAGUAGUGGACUGUAUCGAUUGAGACGGAAAAGGACAUUUCAAGUAAAUAUGCAGUGCUCAAGGACAAGUACAAGAAAAAAUACGUCGCUCGGGAAGCUGGACGUGAACGAGAACUCGAAACAAACUGAUGCAAUUUACAUGGAAAGCGAGUGA